CAGAUACAGUGUGAGUUUGAAUUUGAAAAAGUUUCAGCGAGCGGUCGAUGUCACCUUAAAAUUACGAGACCGCCAUGAAGUUUAAUAAGAACAAGGCGGGACCACUUUUGACAUGGAUGAACAGCGUGUUUCCAGAGAAUCAAAUCUGGGAGUUUGGUCAUAUGAGAGACGGCUUUCGACUCUUGGAGAUCUGCUUCAAACUAAAGGGGAGGGAGGACGUUGAAGCUUAUAAGACUUUAUCCUUAUACAACAAACUGGAAAUCAUCUUUAAUGAUUUACAUGAUGACUUUCACCUGACUGAUAGACAACGUUUCCUCAUUUUGGGUAAAAUCAGUGAAGGACUUGACCUGGAGCUUCAGCUUGCCAAGGUGGCUCUUCUCCUUUGCUAUUGCAGUUUUAAAAAGACUAACCCUGUAGCCCUGAAUUCAAGAACAGAGUCGGACAUCACUUUCAUGUUUCGUUUUGUAAGAGAUGAUGCCAGUGGUUUGUGUUUAGACGAAGGCCUCGAUCAAUUUCUAGACCAAGACUCUGUUAUGAAUCUUGCAAACUCCAGUAGCGGGAGCAGCUGCAGUUCUCCAUUCUACAUCGAUGAGGAGUCUCCGAUGUUUGGUCGUUUCCAGCGUCCUCCCAGAGUUCAGUUUCAAGAGCUUUGCACAGUGGCUUCCAGCUCAGACAGCUCUCCGAUGCAGGAUUUGAUGAGCACGCCACACUUCCAGUUGAAGAAACUCCGCAAAGAACUGGCGCAUGAAGGAGACGUGAGAGAUGAGCUGGAGAAAGAGCUGGCCGAUCACAUCAGCAUCAUCUCAGAGAAAGAGGGUCUGAUCUCCCAGUUACAGCACCGUGUGGAGCGGAUGCUGCGGGAACAAGGAGAGCUGGAGAAAGACCAUAAAGCUGCACUGCUGGAGCUCCAGGAGAAGAACGAGAGUCUUCUCCACAGAGUUCAUGAGGUUUUAAAGCAGUGCCAAGAUUUAAAAACAGACAACUCUCAAAAAGAGAAAAAGAUUGAUGAGCUGACAGAAGAGAACGGGACUCUCAGUGCUCAGCUUCGUAAUGUUUUCUCUCAGCUGGCGAGAGCAGAGCAGGAAGUUGCCAAACUCACAGUGGUUCAUGAAUCUGCACAGACGGAGUGGAAAAACAGGAAAGAGUUGCUGGAGAAGGAGCUGAAUGAGGCCGUCACACACAAGGAGUGUCUGAGUGAGCAGGUGCUGAUACUGCAGGGGAAGAUUUCUGUUCUGGAGGAUGAACUGAAGAAAGCUCAGUCUCAGGAGAGAGGAGAGGUGCUGGGGCCCAUCAUGGAGUGGGAAAAGCUCAAACAAGAGUUGGCUGAUCUCACUCUUCAACUCGCUCAGCUUCAGGAAUCCAUUUCCCACCUCGAGAAGAAAAAGGCAGAAGUUGAGGCCUUGUUGGCUGAGGAGAGAUGCUCUUUUGAAAAAGAAACCGCAAGACUCCAGUUGGUGGUUUUUGAUCUGGAGAAAUCCAUCAACAGCAUCCGUCUGGAGAGAGAAACACUUCAGGAGGCCUUAAAGACGCAGAAAGAGAUGCUCUCUGCGCAGAUAUCAGCACUGGAGAGGGACGUUUCCCGUCUGCAACAGGUUGAAGUGCAGCUGACAGCAGAGAUCAAAAUAUCUGCAGAUCUCCGCCAACAGAGAGAGGAGCUGGAAGGAAAGGUAGCAUCUUUAGAUAGGAUGGUUCAUUCUCUGCAUGCUGAGAUCCAGGGGCUGGAAGUGGAGAGAGCUUCUCAACAGGAUGCAAUUAAUUCCCUCAUUAGCGAUUUACAAAUCGCUAGGGCUACUGUUCAGGAAUAUGAGAAGAAGCUGGAAGAGCAUCAAAAAGUGGUAGCAGAAAACAAUUCCCUGAAAAAUGAAGCAUGCACAAUGCAGCAGGAGCUGAAUAAUCAUCUAAAGGCAAUCGGAGACCUUCAGGCGGAAGUAAAUGAACUCAGAUUUGAGAAAACUGAGGAAGAGAACAAGGUUAGUGAGGCUUUGGUUAAAAUCGAAAGCCUCCAGACUGAGAUUCUGCAUCUGUGUGAAAAGAUUUCUCUUAAAGAUGAAGAAAUCAGAAACCUGACGAAAGAGUAUGAGUCUGUAGACAACGAGCUGAAGCUUGUGAAGGAGCAAAAUGUUGAAAUAAAUGCAAUGAUCAAAUCUAAUCGCAAGGAGCAUGAGGAAACUGUUGAAAAACUUCAGCAGGAGCUUCAUUGCGCUGCUUCUGCCGCAUCAGAAAAACAAGAGCAAAUGCUGGUUUUAUCAGCAGAGGUAACAUCUCUGAAAGAGCAAAUCUGCAGAUAUAGUGAAAAUGAGGCACAGAAACAACAGGAAUUGUCUAUUUUAGAAGCACAACACAAUGUGCUGAAGGAAAACCUGACUUCUCUACAGAACCAGUUGGCUGAGGCGACAACUUCAGCUUCACAGAAGGAAUCAGAGUUUAUUUUGCUUCAACAGGAGCUUUCCCAUCAAGAAACACUAAGAGAACAAACUCAGGAGCUUGAGAAGAUUAAACGUGAGGAGCUUGAGGGGAUCGUGAGUGAACUUCAGGCCAAAAUUAUUGAGGUUUCCUCUAUUGCCUCAGAAAGGGAAGCUUGUGUGAGCUCCCUUCAAUAUGAGAUGAAAGAUCAGCUAUCGAAAGCCAAACAGUGUGAAGCUGAUCUACGCAAUGAGAUGAAGGAAAAGGUUGGAAAUUUGCAGGAACUUCUAGACGCUGCUAACCAUGGAAUUGCUGAAAAAGAGCAUCACUUAGAGUCGUUGAAUCAAAGUCUGAAGCAGAUGGAGCUUCUGUACUGUCAAAAGGAGGAAGAAAUCAUUGCAAGUCAACAAGCAAAGCAGCAACUGGAGAAUAAUAUUGCUGAGCAGAAACAACAACUAGAUGAGAUUCAGCAAAAUCGAGAAAUACUAAGGAAUGAAAGAGACCAUCUGUCUACUCGAGUAUCAUCUCUCCAAGAGGAAAUUCAUCGUUCCCAACAGGAUUUUUCUGAUUUACAGACUGACCACAAUGUUUUGAAGGAAAAACUGGUUAAUCUUCAGGAUCAAGUAGAGCAGGCGAUGAUUACUGCUUCCCAGAAGGAAUCUGAACUCCUCUUGCUUCAACAGGAGCUUUCCCAUCAAGAGACCCUGAGAGAAAAAGCUUUGGAGCUUGAGGCCAUCAAGCGAGAAGAGUUUGAGAAAAAAGUGAAGGAACUGCAGGACAGAAUUCUAGAGGUGUCAACUCUUGCCUCUCAAAGGGAAGCCCAGGUAAUUUCUCUUGAAAAUGAGAUGAGGGAUCAACAGUUGAGUGCCAACCAAUCUAAAGAUAAUCUCUGCAGGGAGUGGCAGGAGAAGCUUGGCAUCUUGAAAGGAGAAUUAGAUGUAGUCAGUCGAGACGCUGCAGACAAAGACCAUCAACUGGAAUCUUUGGAUCAAAAGCUUAAAGAGAUGGAAAUGGUUGUCCUUCAAAAAGAGAAAGAUGUAAUGGAGACACAUCAGGCAAAGGAGGACCUGGAGAAGAGAAUUGCUGAGCUUGAGGAGUGCAAGCAGAAAUUAGAGAUUAUGAGGAAUGAAAGAGAUCAUCUUUCAACUGAAGUAGCAUCUCUAAAAGAGGAGAUUCAUAGCUACCAGGAUACUCAAAUGCAGAAACAACAAACAAUUUCUGUUUUGGAAGUUGAAAACAAUGCUUUAAAGGAAAACAUGGCUGCCCUUGAGAAACAAUUAGCAGAGGAGAUAACUACAGCUUCACAGAAAAAUUCAGAGCUUCAAAACAAGCUUCAUCAACAAGAGAGCCUUCACGAAAAGGCUCAAGAGCUUGAGAUUGGCAGGCAUGAGGAAUUUGAGAGAAGAGUGAGAGAACUUCAAGCUAAAGUCCAAGAGGUGUCCACUCUUGCUUCUGAGAAGGAGGCUGUUGCUUAUUCUCUUCAGGAGGAAUUGACGGGUCAUUUGAAGGCUAAAGUGUCCGAAGAUGAUCUCCGUAGAGUCCUGGAGGAAAAAGUGGAAACCUUACAGAGAGAAAUAGAAACUGCUAGUUGUGAUGCCACAAGCAAAGACGGUCUUUUGCAGACUUUGGAUCAGAAGCUGAGGCAGAUGGAGAUGCUUUGCCAACAAAAGGAGGAUGCAGUUUUUGAGAUCCAGAACUCAAAAGAAGACUUGCAGAAAGAGAUGAAUGAACUUGUUUCUAAGAAUCAAGAACUGGAGGGCUGCCUGCAACAUUUGGAAAUGGUAAAAAAGGAAAAAGACCUCCUGUCAAAUGAAGUAACUUCUCUGAAAGAGCAAAUAAAUGAUCAGAGUUUGAGGGCCAAACAGUCUGAAGCUGAUCUUUGCAUAGUCUUUGAGGAAAAGAUUGAAACCCUUCAAGGACAACUGGAAUCUAGUAGUUGUGACGUCUCGGACAAAGAGAAACAUCUGCAAACUUUGCAUCAAAAGGUUUCACAGAUGGAUCUGUUGUGCCAGCAAAAGGAGAAUGCAGUUCUUGAGAUGCAGAACGCAAAGGAAGACUUGCAGAAGAAGAUUGAUGAGCUUGUUUCUGAGAAACAACAACUGGAGGGCUGCCUGCAAAAUUUGGAAAUGGUGAAAAGCGAAAGAGACCUCUUGUCAACUGAAGUAACUUCUCUAAAAGAUCAACUAAAUGAUCAGGAUUUGAAAGCCAAACAGUCCGAAGAUGAUCUCCGCAAAGUGUUGGAAGAAAAGAUUAAAAACCUCCAGGGACAACUUGAAACUGCUAGUCGUGAUGUCUCCGAAAAAGACCAGCUUCUGCAGACUUUGGAUCAAAAGGUUACACAGAUGGAUCAGUUGUGUAAGCAAAAGGAGAAAUAUGCUCUGGAUUUGCUUCAGGUAAAGGAGAAUUUGGAGAAGAGGAUUGGUGAGAUUACUGUUGAGAAACAGCAAUUGGAAGGAUGCCAGCAGAAUUUGGAAACAGUGAGCAAGGACAAAGACAACCUUUUAAAUGAAUUAACCUUUCUUAAAGUUGAAAUCCAAAGUUACCAGGAAAAAGAAGUGCAGAUGAAACAUGAGCUUUCUGUUUUAGAGAAUGAACACAACAUUUUACAGGAGAACCUGGAUACUCUUCAGAAGCAAGUGGUGGAGUUGACCGCUUCAGCUUCUCAGAAAGAGUCUGAGCUUCAAAAUGAGGUUUGCAAACAAGAGAAACUUCAAGAAAAGGCUCAGAAACUUGAGAAGGAUGCAGGUGAUCUUCAGGCUAAAAUUCUAGAGAUUUCCACUCUUGCUUCUGAGAGAGAGGCACAAAUAAGUUCUCUUAAAGAUGAAAUAAACAGUCAGCAUUUGAAAGCUAAACAGUCUGAAGAUGAUCUCCUCAGAGUGUUUGAGGAGAAAAUUGAAAACCUUCAAGGACAGCUUGAAAUUGCUCGUCUUGAUGUCUCGGACAAAGACCAGCUUCUGCAAACUUUAAAUCAGAAACUGAAACAAAUGGAAGAACUAUGCAAGCAAAAGGAGACAUGUGUCCUUGAGAUGCAUCAGACAAAGGAGGAUCUGGAGAAGAAAACUGUUGAGCUUCAAGCUGACAAAAGUCAACAGAAUCAGCAGAAUUUGGAGAUGUUGAGGCAAGAAAAGGACCAUCUGAAAUCUCUAAACCAGACUAUCCGAAGAGAGUGUGAAGCGUCCCGGAAGAUUCGAGCUGAGCUGGAGUUGAACGUUGAGGAACAAACUGCUUCCAUCCUUGCACUUAAAAAGGCUUCCCAACAGUGGGAGGAGCAGAAUCAGGAGCUCCUGGAGCAGCUGAAGGCAAAGACAGAAGCUGUAGAGCACUACAAAGCACAGGUGGAGAAGGCCAUGAAUCACUACAAUGGUAAAAAGCAGCUGCUGCUGGAGGCUCAAGAGCUGAACAAAACUCUUGAGCAGUCAUUGGAGGUCAGCAAGAGAGAAGCUAAAGCUCUGGAAACUGAACUAACCCUGGCUCGCAUGGAGCUCAACCAAGCCAAUGAUAAAGAGAAGAGCCUUGCUGCUAAAGUGAAGACUUUGGAGGCCCAAGUUGAUUUUGCUGACAGGCAACUGCGAGAGAAGAGAAGGAUUGCAGACGAUGGUGAGGAUUUGAGACAAAAAGAAAAUCUGUACUUCAGAGUCCCAGAGAAGCAGCAAGACACCAGUGCAGACAGCCUGGAGUUUGAGCUAAACGAUUCUCUCAACACUACCUGUCGUUCUGCAGUACCGGGUGAGUCCAGCACUCCACUGGUCCGUAGUUCUGAGCGUUUGGCUGCUAAACGCCGCGCAUUGGGGGCUGAAUCUCUCGAGACACUAUAUUUCACACCUAUGGGUAAACAAGGCUACAAACGCAAAGUGGAUCACAAUGAUGGUUUUGAACGCAAACUGGAGUCCAGCAUCACUUCUAUUGGUGAUCUCGUGGUUGAUUCUGCAAAGAAAUUGACUGCUUCAGCUCGCCGGCGACGCACUACACAAGUUAUCAACAUCACCUUGGCUAAGAAGGCACAAGGAAGCUCUGAAAGCGAGGAGUCGUUUUCUAGCCUGCACUCAGCCCGUUCUCAUCCAAAUUUGGCAGUCCACCAAUCACGGCCGAUCUCCAUUGACUUCUCAGAGGAUGGUCCUGCCACAACGUUAUCAAAAGCAGACACACUUCAAAAUCUGCCUGGAUAUCGCAGAAGUACAGUGCACAGCGUUGGCCCACCAAGAGCCACCAGUACUUUUUGUAUUGGAGCAGAGAAUGAACCGGAGCAUGCUGCCGAUGACUGGAUGCGCAUCGCUGAACUGCAGUCCCGAAACAAAGCCUGUCUGCCUCAUCUGAAGAGCAGCUAUCCUCUGGAGUCCAGGCCCAGUCUAGGACCAUCAUUCACUGUAACGGAUGAGGACCUGCGCUUGGGCGACCCGAGUGAGACGAUCCGGCGUGCGUCCAUGAUGCCGGGUCAGAUCCUGGAGUCGCUGAACUCUCGCCGUUUCUCCCUCGCUCCUGAAACGAGUUCGAGCCAGGCUCCUGCACGCUCUCAUCCCCAGCGAGCCACCAUGCUGCCUUGUCAGAUCCAAUCCAGCACUGCUGCUCACCGGGCCUCACAGCUCACAAAAACAAGCUCACGUUCACACACUUCAGAGAAUAAACGCAGCCCGCUGGCUCCCAAACGCCCGGCAUCACAACUGCAAGGACCAGACACUCCUGAGGCAAAGAAGUUGGCAAGUUGUUUCCCACGGCCAAUGACGCCCAAAGGCCGGUUUGGAAACAGCCAAAACAGACCUCCAGUCUCUCCGGCUGAGCGAAGACAGUCUGUGAUGUUUACUGUGGUAAAUACUCCAAAGAACAGUGCUCGUGGAGACAGCAGGCUUCAGCGCGGCCUCAACAAGCUGCGUAACAGCACCCGCAAAUCUCCUGCCGUGGCCAGUCGGGCUUUGCGCUCGGCCGUGAGCGGGAAAUCUCCCCUGGACGUCACUCUGAGGAAAUCUCCCCGAAACAAGUCCCCGAAAACAUCCAAUGCCAAAAAGGAAACACAGUGACCGUCUGCGCUGAUCUGUGCAUAAGUAUGUGAUUGUACAAUCAAGUUAAGGAUCAAGGUUUAAACUUGAAGAUUCGAUCCAAAAACAACCACUUCCUUUUCCUUUUUAUGUUCUUCUCUCUUUUCAGAUAAGUUAAUUCUUAUUAUGGGAAGCAGUAGUGUUAAUUACUGUCCUGUCAUGUAUUAUAUUUAAAUGUUUUACUUGUUCUCUCAUAAUAAAGUCUUUUACAUCAAAUCUUUGACAUGUUUGUCAGGCUGUUUUGCUAAAUGAAUGUAAAAUAAUUUCAAUAUUUGUGCAAAGUCAAUUCGGAAAUGAUUGUUUUUCAAAUUAUGCUUUGUGUUUGGAGAAUUUUUCUAUUAAAGCGAUGGAAAAUGCAUUCAGCUUUAAUGUAUGUAAAUUUUUUAGUGCGUGUAUUUAUAAUUUGAAGCUAUAUAUAUAUAAAUAUUAAGAAGAGCUAUUGUCUUUUUAAUUCUAACAUGUGUAUUAUAAUAUGAUCAAACAAAGGUAUUAGAUUAGAGGAAAAAAUGUAAAUAUUCUGGUUGUUAUUGCUAAUGUAAUUGACAUCAAAAAAAUACAAUUACUAUUAAGAAAGCUGAUUUGAAGCAGAGAGUUAAUCAAAUGCGCUAACAUCAUUUGUAUCUGAUUUUAAUGACGCUUUUUAUUCUUCUGAAGAAUACAUUUAUUAAGAAGUUUAAAUUAAUACAGGUAUAUUUUGUAAUAAUCUCAGCUGUUAUCAGUUAAUAUUUGCAUUUUAAAGCAUGAAUAAAAGGAAACAAAAAGUG